CCCGCCUGCGCGUCUGCGUGUUUAGAAGAGAAGUUGAUUAUCUCUCCGUUAAAGAGAGAACCAAGGAGAACAGCUCGGGUCCGGCUCGGCUUUGUUCUCCCUCUCGGCGCUGAGGGGGUGAUUGGAGUGGAGGGAGUGAGGAGUUAGUGAGACACAGCCCGCAGCGCCGCAGCUUCCCUCACCCACAGCUCUGAUAAGAACGACACACUGACACACUGAGGCUCUGCUAAAGUCUCUGUGCCGAGCGGCUGCAGUACCGGCGGUUUCCACUGUGUGUCAGUAGAGAGCAGGGGGCUCUGCUGGGUAAUGAGUGAUGACGUCGGUGGUGCUGGUGGACAGUGGAGGACGAGUGGUGGAGUACAUUACUGCAGUGGACAAUCUACAGCAGAUGGAGGGUGUGGGUGAGUACCCCGCCGUGGUGGUGGAGCAGGUGGACGAUGGUGUGGACGCUGAGGUGCUGGUCUAUGAUGAUGCGGAGCUGAUGCAGGACGUAGCCGAGGAACAGGAAGUGGAGACGGAGACGGUGGAGACAGUGGAGGCGUCGGUGCACGGAGGCUACGGCGUGAGCUGCCCCGAUAAAACCAUCGAAGCAGCCGAAGCUCUGCUACAUAUGGACUCGCCGUCCAGCUUACGAGGAGACCGCAGCCCAGAGGUGUUUGUUCCUCCGUGCGUCUCCACUCCGGAGUUCCUGCAUGCUGCGAUGCGCCCUGACGUCGUCACGGAGACGGUGGUAGAGGUCAGCACAGAGGAGGCGGAGCCUAUGGAGGUGGUGACCCUCAUACAGGAGCCGCAGGGGCUGGAGACCAGCAGGAGGAGGAAAGCUGGGAGAAAGCCAAAGCCCCACCCCAUAUCAAACGGAUCCCCCGAUUUAGGAAUCAAGAAAAAGUCCAGAGAGGGUAAAGGCAGUACUUACCUGUGGGAGUUCCUGCUGGACCUGCUGCAGGAUAAGAACACCUGUCCCAGGUAUAUAAAGUGGACUCAGAGAGAAAAGGGCAUCUUUAAGCUGGUGGAUUCGAAGGCUGUGUCCAAACUGUGGGGCAAACACAAGAACAAACCCGACAUGAACUACGAGACGAUGGGUCGCGCGCUCAGGUAUUAUUAUCAGAGGGGGAUCCUGUCGAAGGUCGAAGGUCAGCGGUUGGUGUAUCAGUUUAAGGAGAUGCCGAAGGACAUCGUGGUGAUCGACGACGAUGACGAAGAUGAAGAUAAGGGCGACUCCAGCUGUGAGGAUCUGGCCAGCGAGGUGUCGUGCGACCGGGUGCUGACCGCCGACCUCUCGAAGACCCCCGGCAUCCUGAGGGGGGCGGGGUCAGUAGUGCUGAACUCCGCCUCCCACAGAGGCAACAACCCGCUCGCGGCCACGCCCCUUCAGCGCAUAGUGACCGUCUCCACGGCAACGGAUGCCACGCAGCCAUCCCACGCCACCAUUCUUUCCAACACCAGUGCGCCCAGGACUGUCCGAGUUGCAAUGCAAGUGCCAGUCGUCAUGACGACCUCCCUGGGACAGAAGAUCUCCACGGUCACGGUGCCAUCAGCCAACCCCCCUCUCCUCACCACGGCGACGGCGCCCACCAGCGUCGCCACGGCGUCCGGAGGUUCUGCCCCUGCCCAGAAGGUUCUGAUCCAGACGGUUCCGGCGAUGGAAAACGGAGAGAAGAUCACGGUGCAGCUCGCCAAGAUCAUCACCAUCCCCACGGCGCAGCUCACGCACUGCCAGCUGCAGCCUAAAGGGGGCGCAGCAGCUCCCACCAGCAUCAGCCUGCUGGGGGCACCGCUGGCACUGCGCUCCAUCACGCCUGCCACGCAGGUGGUCAGACUGGCUAUGCCUGCCCAGCCAAGCCCCGCCCCCACCCUCCAGAACACAGCCAAUCAGAAUCUGAGCCCCACCCACACGCUCCACCGACCAGUCCCGGCCAAAAGCCCCACUCACACGCCCCAGAGUGCGGCCAUUGCCAAUCCAGCCCAAAUUGUCCAGAACGCAGCCAAUCAGAGCCCAGGCUCUGCCCAACUAGGCACCGCCCACACGCUGCAGAUUGCAGCCAGUCCCGCCCAUGCGCUGGCAACUUCCAGUUCAGCUCAAAGCUCCGCCCAGAUGCGCCAGAAUGUAGCCAAUCAAAGUCUGGGCUCAACCCAAAGCCCCACCCACAGGAGCCAGAAUGCAGCCAAUCAGAAUCCACUUAUGUCCCAAAGCCCUGCCCCUUCCUCAGUUGCAGUUCGGAUCCAAGUCCAGCACGAGGGGGAGUCAAAAGUAGACAGAGCGCCUCCUGCUGGACACACGACUCAACCACAACCAGAAUCCACGCCGCUGACCUCAGCGACCUCUCAGCAGGACCCAGCUGGACGAGAAGUGGCAGGAUCCACACAGCAAGUGCCCACGCACAGCUGAAGGUGGAGGAGAGAGUCAUGGACCGUCAUGAGCAUUGGUCAGCUCCCACCGACUGGUCGGAGCCACAGUGCUCCCCCAGUGUCCGGCUGGAGUGAGCGGAGUCUGGCCUGUACAGUCAGAGGUCACGCUGAGGUUAAAAGGGACCAAACGCAGAAAUACUACAGUUCUUUGUCCGAAACACUAACGACACUAAACACUACAGCAGAGACGCGUCAACAAAGACUUCAAACCAAAUGUGAACUUCAGAGCUCCUGUAAAAAUUUUGAUACCUUGUAAAGAGAUUUUUUUCUUGUUUGUUUUGUUUUUGUUUUCUUUUGCAUUUUUUGAUGCAAAACCAGCAGAUACGUUUGGACUGUCACUGUGAGGUCGGAGCUCUGGGCGCCAAGAGUGACAGGAACUCUGAAAAGAAGGGAAAGAACGAUGGAACGAGAGAGAGAGAGAGAUUUAGACAAGCAGACGGCUGUACAUAUUUACUCUGCAGAUUAACUGACUCAGCCUUAGGACUGUUCGUAUAUGAAACUUUCUUUACUUUUUUUUUCGUUUUCACAAAACUUAUGAAGCUUUUAUGUUGAAGGGAUAGUCCAGCAAAAAAAUCAAAUUUGCAGUUUUCCCCCUUACUUUAUUAUCCACGAUGACUGAAACUUUUCUUUUACCGUGAAGCAAGCACCGGUCAUAAGUUUGCAAUCAGUAUUUUCAAAAAACAAAACCAGUUUCGGUUGCAGGUAAAUAUGUAAAAUUAUUUAAAUGUGGCCGCCCUAAACUUCGUAGCUUGAAAUAAUUACUAGGAAGCUGGAAAAAAAUUUAAAAAUGUAAUUUUUAAAAAGGUAAAUUCUAUAGUAUUGAAGGAUUGUAAACAUUAAGAAUAAAGUUUUAGGAAAAUUAAAUUUAGAAUUAAAUUCUAAUGAAAUAAAUGUUAUGGAUUUCCAAUAAAAAUAAUAAUCAGAAUAAAAUUAAUAUCCUGAAUUAAUCAAAUUUGAUAAGUAAUCCAAUCUUGACGAUUAUUUAAAUAGAUAAUUGGAGCAUAGAACUUACAAUACAUUGGCAACCACCUGGGAUACCAUAGCAGUGGCCUAGCAACACCUUAGCAACCACCUGGGACACCAUAGCAGUGGCCUAGAAACACUUUAGCAACCACCUGGGAUACCAAAGCAAUUGCUUAGCUACACCUUAGCACCCACCUGGGACACCAUAGCAGUGGCCUAGCAAUACCUUAGCAACCUCCUGGGAUACCAAAGCAAUUGCCUAGCUACUCCUUAGCAACCACCUGGGACACCAUAGCGGUGGCCUAGCAACACCUUAGCAACCACUUGGGACACCUUAGCAAUGGCCUAGCUACACCUUAGCAACCACCUGGAAUACCAUAGCAAUGGCCUAGCGACACCUUAGCACCCACCUGGGAUACCAUAGCAAUGGCCUAGCUACAUCUUAGCAACCACCUGGGAUACCAUAGCAAUAGCCUAGCGACACCUUAGCAACCACCUGGGAUACCAUAGCAAUGGCCUAGCUACAUCUUAGCAACCACCAGGGAUACCUUAGCAAUGGCAUAGACAAGCUUUAUCAAGCCAACUUACAGCAAAUCAGAAUCCUUAUAACACAACAAUAACAAAACAUUUAAAACCAUCAGUUCAGGAGUUCAGUUUAAAUCUAGUUGUUAUUGUAAAUAAAAUAACAAUGAGGAUUAACUAAUCUAAUUCCAAACUUCUUGACAUUAUAACGUGAAAAUUGUAUAACAAGUAAAAAAUUAGACAAAAUUCAGUGUUCCAGGUGGCUGUUAAUGCGCUCAGCUAUGCUAACAUACUUAAAUCGAUGUUUAUAGACUACAGUGAGUCAUACAGUAUCGGAAAUCACAUAAUCAGGUUUAUUAGCGAUACUGAGCACCUCCACACGGAGCCGAGGUUGAUGUUCCUGUUCUCCAGCUUCUUAUUCGGAAUCUUCCGAUCCACCGUAAACGGUGCAGCAGUUCCGUUCUGGUGCCUGAGGCGCCAGGAAGCCAGCUUUACUAACACGACUGAAGCAAGUAUGUGGCGUUAGCAUCAUGCUAAUCGCAUGUAUUAGCUUGUUAGCCACAUUAGCCUCGUAGCUUUGGUGCUAAAGCACGUCCUGGAUGUCUGAGGUGGGGGGUGAACUGUGUGUUUGGUUUUUUUAGCUGAACUGUCGCUUUAAGCUCGAGUAUUUUUUAGCACGUUGUACCAGGCGCAGUAUUACUGGCUGACGGGCAGCGGGCGGGAUUCGUAGUUUGUAUGUUUGUAGUUGUUUGUGUGAGAACGGUCGGGAUUCACCGGUUCUCGCGGCCACGGUUUCAGGAAAAGGUCAAAAGGUCACCGACUGCCCACCACUCUUCUCUGCCCUUCGCUUAUUCUUAGUCACCGAAGAGGGAGAACCAGAUGUUUGUGUUCAGAAUGAACUAGUUUGUAUAUUCAACAUUUGAAGUAUAUUCUAUUUUGUUGUACUCUUGUUUCAAAGUGUAUUCAAGUAGAUUUUACUGAAAUAUUAAAAACGCAAUCUUGAAUCA